UCAACGUUUAUUAUUUUACAUAUAAACUCAAUUAAAUAUAUAAUUUGAAUUUAAAAUGUUUAGUCUUGUAGAUUUAUCCGUAACUUCAUGGAUUGGUUUAAGCAUUUUGUCACUAAUUACGCUAAUUUAUUGGCGUUUUACCCAAACGUUUAACUACUGGACUAAACGUAACUUAAAUGGACCUAGACCAUAUCCAUUUGGGGGCACAAAUUUGUACACAUUUGUCAAAUCAAUGCCUGCCGUAGAGUUGGAGUGGUAUAAGAAAUUUGGACCACUUUAUGGAGUGUUUAACAAAACAGAGCCCAUCCUAACGGUGGCCAAACCGGAACUGAUUAAAACAAUUUUGGUCAAAGACUUUCACCUGUUCACAGACCGUCGGACACGACCGGCCGCUCAUCACGUGUUGGACAAGAAUCUGUUCCACUCGAGAGGCGAAGACUGGAAGCGCUACCGAUCUAUAAUGAGUCCGACAUUCACGUCGGGAAAGAUGCGCAAAAUGUAUCCAAUGAUCAGAGAGUGUUUGAACGAGUUUCUCGAUGUGUUGGACGUGUCGGCGGCCAAUGGGGCGGACAUUAACCUGAAGGACAUGCACGGGAACUUCACGAUGGAUGUGAUCGCC